UGUUAAUAGAUCGUUUUUAUCAUAUUUCACGUAUUCAAUACCGCUGCCUAGCGCUUCCUACAAGCUCAUAUCCAAAUGGGGCUUUACUGGCAGUACAGCGAUAUUGCAGCCCAGGGAUACUUUUCGCUAAUUCGGUAGCAGAUACAUAUACAUAUCCCGCUUUCGGACUUCGUUUGCCCUAACAAGCAAAGAUGGGAGGCCGUAAGGUGACCUACUACUAUGAUCCCGACAUCGGCGACUUCUACUACGGCCAGGGCCACCCCAUGAAGCCGCACCGAGUGCGCCUGGCCCACUGCCUGGUGACACGCUACGACCUGUGGCCGCACAUGGACAUCCUGCGCCCCCGCCCCGCCCGCAAGUCGGAGCUGGUUGAGUUCCACAACCCCGACUACACCGACUUCCUGCGCGCCGUCACACCCGCAAACCAGGAGGAGCUGUCCGCCGCUCUCAAGCAGUUCGGUACCGCGGGCGACUGCCCCAUCUUCGACCGCAUGGCUCGCUACUGCGGACUGUACGCGGGGGCCAGCCUGGGGGCGGCGGCGCGGCUGAAUGCAGGGCUAGCGGAGGUGGCCAUCAACUGGGCGGGGGGCAUGCACCAUGCCAAGAAGGCGGAGGCCUCCGGGUUCUGCUACGUGAACGACAUCGUGCUAGCCAUUCUGGAGCUGCUCAAGUACCACACCCGGGUGCUGUAUGUGGACAUCGACGUGCACCACGGUGACGGAGUGGAGGAGGCCUUCCUCACAUCGGACCGCGUCAUGACGGUUUCCUUCCACAAGUUCGGGGACAACUUCUUCCCCGGCACCGGGGACCUGGGCGACUGCGGGCUGGCGGGCGGGAGGGGCUAUGCGGUCAACGUGCCCCUGCGUGACGGCAUGGAUGACGCCGCCUACGAGUCGCUGUUCCGCCCUGUGAUGACGGGGGUGGUGGAGCACUUCCAACCCGAGGCAAUUGUGCUGCAGAGCGGUGCCGACAGCCUGGCGGGUGACAAGCUGGGCCCCUUCAACCUGUCCAUCCGGGGUCACGGCCGCUGCCACUCCUUCCUGCGGGCGCUGGGGCUGCCGCUGCUGGUGCUGGGAGGUGGAGGCUACAAGGUCAAGAACGUGGCCCGCUGCUGGGCGUACGAGACCGGUGUCAUGCUGGGAGUGGAGUCCUCCAUGUCGGAGCGCCUGCCCCCCAACGACUACUACGAGGUGUUUGGCCCCGACUACCGCCUGGUGCCGCCCCUGGAGCCGGGAAAGGUUAACCACAACAAGAGGGAGGCGCUGGAAAAGAUCCGCUGCACGAUCCUGGAGCGGCUGCGCCACCUGCAUCCGCCGGGGCUGGCCUUCCACGAGCGGCCGCCGGAUACCUUCACAGCGGAGGGGGUGGUGUCAGGAGGAGUCGGAGAAGACGGAGGAGCAGCAGCAGCAGCGGAGGUGAUGGGGAGAGUGGCGGGGAUGUGGAUGGAAUGGAAGAGUGAAGGGAGGAUUGGGUAUUGGGUUUUGAUGGGUCGUGGUUACAAAAGGUAGUUGGCGGGGCGACUGCUGAGGGGAGGACGGGACGGGGGGGCAUGCGAGGGAUGGUCGCAAUGUCGCAGGUUGCAAAGUAAGGUGCCACCCAGGGUUUGCAGCAGGCUGAAGACGACGUAGCAACAACGGAUGUGGUAGCAGUAGCAGUAGCCGCAGGAUCAAUGGGGACUUUCUUUGCAGAGAGCUGUCCGCCAGAAAGCUGAUCAGGCAGGAACGUGUAUCCCAAGUUGGGUUAGGAAAUUAGGAAGAGGGUUAGUUAUGGACGCAUACAUGAGCGGCAUAUGAGCGUGGCUUGAGCACAUUAGAGGAGCAUAGGAAGGAGGGAGCAGCUGCGGCAGUUAUGUGUAGGUAACGUAGGCUUGACAUAGCUUGUCAUCCAAGAAUGAGCUGUAAAAAGCAGAGCACUGGGGGGGCUGCUAGACGCACGAGCAAUCUGGGGCUGCUGGGAGAAAUCACGGCAUGCGUUUGCUAGCUGACAAAAUAUUGAUGUAAGC